UCGUGUUGGCGUAUCAUAGCAACAAGCUCAAACAAAGGUGAAGUGGAAAAGAUGGCGACGCAGAGAGAAAACGAUGCUGCUGAUUAUCUCAAGAAACACAAAAUUAUCGAGCUCAUGGACAACCUGACCAGCAUGCUCUUCUUUUACAGACCUGAGAAUCCCAGAGAGUUCCUUAUUGAGCAACUGGAACAGCUGAAGAUUUCUCAGCAGAGUGGUAUGAGAGGGCCGAAUCUGUUCAACAACGCCAACUUGAAUGCAGUGUUUGGGAUACUGGACCCCGCUAACCAAAAAUACAUCACUUUUGCCCAAUACAAGCAGGCUCUGACCACACUGGGCAUAAAAGACAUUAAUGAGUGUCCUGAAGGUGUAAAUGAAGACAGAAUAUCCCAUGAGACUUUCAAAACAGAAGCGAUGCAAGGCCUGCAGAGAUGCUCAGCAACCGCUGUUGUGUUGAACGCGCAGCAACAGAGGGCGUGGCCAGGAAGUGACAUGGCCGCCUCCUUAUACAGAGCAUCUUCGACUUUCUCCGGGUACUUUUGUGGUGAAGGGAAAGGCCCAUACUGUACAUUCAACAAGGCUCAGACAUUCAGCUCUGUGACAAGACACUGCACUACCUCUCUACUAAACCAGAGCCUGGAUCCUCUGCCCAUGCGAGGGCCAGAGCUAGGAGUUCAAGCUGACGACAUCGAGGCUCCAGAGACUGAGCUGGAGCCAAAGCAUGAAGUUCUUGAAAACAAGGAUGUUGUGGUUCAACGAGUGCACAUAGAUGGGCUUGGAAGAACCAAGGAGGACCUGUUGACUUAUGAAAUCGCAGGAGUUUUCCAGGCAAAGAACUUGAUUGAUGUGAUGCGAAAAUCCCAUGAAGCCCGACAGAAGCUGCUGCGUCUCGGUAUCUUCAGAAAAGUUGAAGUUGUUAUUGACACCUCACGAGGUGAAAAUGCUCUUCCCAACGGCCUCGACGUGACGUUUGAAGUCACUGAGCUGAGACGUAUGACAGGCAGCUACAACACCAUGGUCGGAAACAAUGAGGGAAGCAUGGUACUGGGCCUGAAGUUACCCAAUGUAUUGGGUCGGGCAGAGAAACUGACCUUCCAGUUCUCCUACGGGACCAAAGAGACAUCCUACGGCCUGUCCUUCUUCAAACCCCAACCAGGACACUUUGAACGCAACAUCUCACUGAACAUCUACAAAGUAACAGGUCAGUUUCCAUGGAGUUCCCUGAGGGAGACGGAUCGAGGCAUCUCUGCAGAACUGAGCUUCCCUGUCUGGAAGACCAGCCAAACACUGAAGUGGGAGGGAGUGUGGAGAGAGCUGGGAUGUCUGGCUCGCACUGCCUCAUUUGCCGUCCGGGAGGAGAGUGGCCAUUCCCUCAAGUCCUCACUUUCACAUGCUAUGGUCAUCGACACCAGAAACUCGUCCAUCCUUCCCAGGAAAGGUGGCCUUCUGAAGAUCCAUCAGGAACUUGCUGGUUACACUGGGGGCGAUGCCAGUUUCCUGAAAGAGGACUUUGAGAUUCAGCUCAACAAAACACUCUUCUGGGACUCAGUCCUUUCUGCCUCAUUGUGGGGUGGUUUGCUCCUACCCAUCGGUGACAGGCCAACAAGCAUAGCAGACAGGUUCUAUCUAGGCGGCCCCACCAGUAUCAGGGGAUUCAGUAUGUACAGUAUGGGCCCACAGAGUGAAGGUAUGGCAGGUGACUACCUGGGAGGAGAGGGCUACUGGGCUGGAGGCCUCCACCUCUACACCCCUCUACCCUUCAGACCAGGCAAGGGGGGCUUUGGUGACCUCUUCAGAACACACUUCUUCCUCAAUGCCGGAAACCUUUGUAACCUUAACUAUGGUGAGGGGCCACAAGCACAUUUGAGGAAACUGGCGGAAUGCAUCCGUUGGUCAUAUGGACUGGGCAUUGUGCUGCGUUUGGGGAACAUUGCCAGGCUGGAGCUGAAUUACUGCAUUCCCAUGGGAGUCCAGAGUGGAGACAGGAUAUGUGAUGGGGUCCAGUUUGGAGCAGGAAUAAGAUUCUUGUGAAACCACAUUUCUUGAAUCUUGGAUCAAAAUUUUAUGCCAGAAACAUUUUAUUUGGAGCGGAAAUUGCUUGUACAGAAUUGUUGUUGUGGGGAAUUAGUUCAAUAAAAGUGUUUGCACUGAC